GGAAGCGGAAGCCCACCACGAAGUUGAGUAGGAACCCGGAGUUGCUGGCGGAGGUUUGGUGGCCCACGUGGGGCUCGGCGAGAGAGUCGGCCGCUGAAGGCAGGGAGCUCCGGCAAACGCCGCCCUCGCCGCCCUCCGCCCGCCAGCCUCGGGACAGCGGCUUCUUCCCGGGGCCGUCGGGCGUGCGUGCGGCGACAUGGACACUCCUCCGCUCUCAGAGUCGGACUCGGAUUCUGAUGAUUCUCUUGUCACAGACCGAGAGCUGCAGGACGCGUUUUCCCGGGGCCUCCUGAAACCAGGCCUCAACGUGGUGCUAGAGGGGCCGAAGAAGGCCGCGAACGACGUGAAUGGCCUGAAGCAGUGCUUGGCUGAGUUCAAGCGGGACCUGGAGUGGGUGGAAAGGCUCGACGUGACGCUGGGUCCGGUGCCGGAAGUCAGUGGAACUAAGCCAGCGCCUGAGAACAAGGACCAGAAAGCUGUUGAUCCAGAAGACGACUUUCAGCGGGAGAUGAGUUUCUAUCGUCAGGCCCAGGCUGCAGUCCUUGCGGUAUUACCCCGCCUCCAUCAGCUCAAAGUCCCUACGAAGCGGCCCACUGACUAUUUCGCAGAAAUGGCCAAGUCUGAUCAGCAGAUGCAGAAGAUUCGCCAGAAACUGCAGACUAAACAGGCGGCCAUGGAGAGAUCUGAAAAGGCUAAGCAACUGCGAGCACUUCGGAAAUACGGAAAGAAGGUACAAACAGAGGUCCUUCAGAAGAGGCAGAAGGAGAAAGCACACAUGAUGACUGCCAUUAAGAAGUACCAGAAAGGUUUCUCCGAUAAACUGGAUUUCCUUGAGGGAGAUCAGAACCCCGCUGCACAGGGCACAAAGGUUGCGCGGGGAGCAAAGGCGGGAGCUAAAGGGCAACAGAUGAAGAAGGGGCCUAGUGCUAAACGACGAUAUAAAAACCAGAAGUUUGGUUUUGGUGGAAAGAAAAAAGGCUCCAAGUGGAAUACUCGUGAGAGUCAUGAUGACGUAUCCAGCUUCCGGGCCAAGACAGCUCAUGGCAAGGGCCUCAGGAGGCCUGGGAAAAAAGGGUCAAAUAAGAGACCUGGGAAACGAACAAGAGAGAAGAUGAAGAGCAGAACACGCUGAAUAGCAUCUCUUGAUACAAAGAACCAAGAAAAAGGGAUGAAAACUUUGAAUUUCACAACACAAGUGAAUCCCUUCUGUUGAUUUCUGUUUGUAAAAUAUUCUUUCAAUAAACUAAAGAAAAGUUUUCAAGGAGAUAUA